AUGAGUAGCAUAGGAACUGGUUACGAUUUAUCGGUGACCACAUUCUCUCCCGAUGGCCGCGUAUUCCAGAUCGAGUACGCCGCCAAGGCAGUCGACAAUAGCGGUACAGUUGUCGGCAUCAAAUGCAAAGAUGGCAUCGUUUUGGGAGUGGAGAAACUGAUAGCGUCAAAGAUGAUGUUGCAAGGAUCCAACCGAAGAAUCCAUGCAGUACAUCGCCACUCUGGCAUGGCUGUUGCUGGACUAGCUGCAGAUGGUAGGCAAAUUGUAGCACGAGCUAAAUCUGAAGCUACCAAUUACGAAAGUGUUUACGGUGAACCUAUCCCUGUAAAAGAACUUGCAGAAAGGGUUGCUAGUUAUGUACAUUUAUGUACUCUAUAUUGGUGGCUCAGGCCUUUCGGAUGCGGAAUAAUUCUGGGAGGUUAUGACAGGGAUGGCCCUGAGUUGUAUGUGGUUGAACCAUCUGGAGUUUCUUAUAGAUACUUCGGUGCUGCAAUUGGGAAGGGCAGGCAGGCUGCUAAAACAGAGAUUGAAAAAUUGAAGCUUUCUGAAUUGACCUGUCGGCAAGGUGUUAUUGAGGUGGCCAAGAUAAUUUAUGGAGUACACGACGAGGCAAAGGAUAAAGCUUUUGAGUUGGAAAUGAGUUGGGUUUGUGACGAGUCAAAUCGCCUGCAUCAAAAGGUUCCAGAUGAUCUAUUAGAGGAAGCCAAAGCAACAGCGAAAGCCGCACUCGAAGAAAUGGAUGCAGAUUAG